AUGUCGACGUUCAGCUCAGUCGUGCGAAAGCCAGGGCAGAAGAUAAUCCCAAAGGGCCCAAGGAAGAAUGUCCAAAGAAAUGCUCCCCGACAUGCUGCUCCGCCAUCACUAACACCGGAGAGUCACACCGUGAGUCCUGCUGUUGAGCUUAUUGACCAGCCAGUUGAAGAUCAAGAGCGGGAGCCGCAGCCAGAGACAACAGAGAUAACUCAGGGUCUCGGGGAGAUACCUUCCGUUGCCAGUUCGACAGAGACGGCAGGAGUACCCUUCGAGACACCGCCUCAAAGCGAAGAAGCAACAAUUGAGGGAGUCCCUUCAGCCUCCAUUGAGAUUAUAGCUCCGAGUCACCCGAGUCAUGAGAUUGAAAUCAUCCAUUCCACCAGCGUAAGCCAGACUCAUCCCGAUGCGGGUGUCAUUCCGUCGAUUUCGAUUUCGACCCCCUCAUCUAUUGCCCCGAAACGAAAAGCUCCCCAUGAGACAGCCUCCCCGCCAUCAGAAGAUUCUGCUCAAGAAACGGAGAGGACAGACGCUUCCAGGAAGCGGCAGAAGACUACUCACACAGUCGAGGAUCUCAGAGAGUCAGAGUUAGAGUCACAUACUCUUCCCCCACUCGAUGCGACACCGCCACCAAUAUUGAGGACCAGUCCGCGAGCCAGACGGAGCGAAUCGCGUACCUCGGACGCGUUACUACACGAUGCGACAACUCAGGCGGCUGCAGUAUCAGAACUUGCAAACUCUAUUGAGCACAGAGCAAGAUCGCUCCAACCGCAAUCGGCGCGUCGAUCAGUGUCGCAGGCAGUAGAAACAGAAGAGAGUGUGGCUGAAGAUGGUGUGCAGCCAAGAGGAAAACGGUCAAAGAGAAAGUCACGGUCGAAAAAGACACAAGAGCUAGCCCAACAAGUCGUGGACGAUGCUGUUCAUGGAAACAAAGACGAAACGACCCGUCGCCGUUCUCGCCUUGCUACUCCGGAGAAUGCCGAAGAGUUAGAAAUAGACCCGCAAGAGGUCUCGAUGGCAGAUCUCGUCAAGGAUAACAAGAUCGGCAAGAAAUCAGAUACAGAGAAGCGCAUGCAAGAGAACUGGCCGGAGAUCAAAAAGCGACGCAAAGAGGAGAUUGAGAAGCGACGGGAAGCUGCCCGGGGGGGAAAUAAUGGGACGAAUAACCAGGAAGAGCACAACGGAGCAGAGGAGGCGGCUGUCCCCAAGCAGAUCAUUGUCAACGGACAGAUCGUAGUGGCAGCUGAGUCCCGAGAGAUCGCAUUUGGUGCAGGCGUCGAAGAGGCGGUAAUUCACGACGCAAACGUUGCGCUUGAGGAUGACCGGAUCUACAAGUAUGUUACUUCAGGCACAUUGGGGAAGAAUGCAGGUCGAGUGCGCGGGAACCGCUGGGACGAAGAUCAGACCAACCUCUUUUACAAAGGCCUACGGAUGUUCGGCACCGACUUCAGCAUGGUUGCGAAUCUUUUUCCAGAAGAUGUUGACCGGCGCGUGAUCAAAAAGAAAUACUUGCUUGAGCUGCGGGCGGAUCCACAGAGAGUCGAGUCGUGUGUUGCCGCAAAAGAAACUGUGAGCAUAGAGGACUAUGCGGCAAUGACAAAUCAGGAGUUUGAGGACCCGGAAAAGGUAAUGAAGGAGUUGGAGGAACAAGAGCGCAGAUUGAGAGAGGAGGAUGAGAAGAGAAGAGCAGACCAGGGGUUUGUUGAUCAUGUCGCGGCUGCGGAUGUGCCGUUGCCAUCUACGGAGAGGGACGACGCAGACAUUGACGAGAGCGAGAUGGCAGGCCACCGAGAGCAGGCCUCUGCAGAUACACACUUGGCUACGCCAGAAGCUGCAAGACGGGGAACCCAAGCACCAAGCAUGGACCCAAUAGACCGGUUCUCAGCUUUGGCGGACCGGGUCGUCCAGGCCGCCGUGAAUCCGAAGAAGAAACCGCGACGUCAAACGAAAGAGUCAGCUGGAGCAGGGCGCGGUGGAAGACAAGUUAAAAAGGGCCGGAGAGCGUUCGAGGGCGUGGAGGAGAGGAUUGGACCUAUCGACGAGGUUGAACAGUGA